AUGGCCGACAACCUCCCCUCCGGCACCGAGUUCCGCGCAGGACGCUCCGACUCGACCGCCUCCGCCGCGAGCUCGACCGGCAGCAGCAGCGCCGCCACCGCACCCAGCUGGGCCGGCGUGAAGCAGCAGGCCGCCACGGCCGCGACCACCGCCACGCAAGCGACACGACGGGCGUCGCAGGGCGCCGGGUCGCCGACCUUCCGGCGGCCGUCGCACCCGCUGUUCGAGGGCCUGACGGCGCAGAAGCGCAAGGACGACGCCGAGUCGGUGGCGCGCCGGCAGAGCAUGAGCGAGCAGCGGCCGGCGGCGGGGUUUAUUGGGCAGAUGUGGAAUAAGGUCUUUUGUCUAGUUGGGUAUACGGCAAGAAGUAACUGCGCCUUUGGCCAGAUACUGCCCGUAUCAAAUUCUUCUUACCUUCUUUUCGACGGCAAGACGGCGGCGCCAACGGCAAUUCGGGCAGGAGUCCCCCAAGGCUCACCCCUUUCCCCUGUUCUCUUCAUCCUCUACAUUUCCUCAUUAUACAAGCAGCUAAAAGACGAGCACCCUCACUUGGCUAUAACAGGGUUUGCGGAUGACACCAACCUUCUAGUAUUUGGUCGAAACCCCGAAGCCAAUGUCCGGCAACUAGAGGCGGCGUGGGAAACGUGUAUACGAUGGGCGGACAGUCGGGGGAUGAAGUUCGCCCCGGAAAAGAGCGAACUGAUCCAUUUCAACAAAGGGCGACGGCAGUGGACCGAACAAGUAAACCUUGCCAACCCAAGGGGAGGCACCAGCCCCGUUAAACCAGAAGGGUCUGCCAGGUUCCUGGGAGUCUGGUUGGACUGGAAACUCAACUGGAAGGCCCACCUGGUGGCGGUGGAGAAGAAGCUGAGGACCCAGAGCUAUGCCCUGUCGAGGAUCGUGGCAAAGACAUGGGGGAUGGGGCUAGCCAAAGCGCGAGAAGUGUACACAAAGUGCAUCCGGUCGGCGCUGGCCUAUGGCGCAUCAUCGUUUCACAUCCCCACGGAUGUGGGAGGCGAGCCGGCAAAGAAAGGCAUCACUAAGGCCCUCGGGAAGGCCCAGAACAAGAGCUUGCGGAUUGUGGCGGGAGCCUUUAAGUCUACCCCCAUCCGUAACCUCGAGACAGAGACAUGGGUACCACCAUUAGACUUGUACCUAAACAAACGGCUUGCAGAUUUUGAGAACCGACUCCAACAACCCGAUCUGGACGACGGUCGAGGCGGCAAGAAGACGGCGGCGAGCGUUGUCCUCACCGCCUGCCGCAAGAUUCAGCAGAGACUUAGCUCGAGGAGGGGCAACAGGGGCCGACCGCGAACCUUGGGACCUCAAGGGCCUACGGCGGUGGAGAGAGCCGCGGGCACGGUCAUGCGCUGGACGGGGGGAAUCGUUGAUACGAACAGGGUAGUAGAAGAGGCUUGGAAAGCGAGGUGGUUAAAGGAAUGGGACGGCAGGGCAAUCACCAGGCCGGCGGACGACUUUGACCAUCAGCAGGAGACGCUAUUCCGGAACGAAACCCUAAGGAGGCACGACGGUCUCAGCAAGGCAAAGAGCUCACUGCUGAUUCAAAUCCGGACGGGAGCGAUAGGCUUACGGGACUUCUUGUUUACACGGGAAGUCCCGGAGGUUCUGACUCCUGCCUGCGAGUGUGGCGAGGGACGAGAGACUGCCGAACACCUGGUAGUGUGGUGUUUGGCCCCACCGUUGACUAGAAGAUGGGAGAGAACUGGAAUUCGGACACGACGGGACUUUUACUCUGUUCUACACGGCAUCAAUCCCACGACUGCACGGCUCGCGAGGAGAGUUCUCGACUGGCUGAUGGACUCGGGGAAGCUGCCGAUGUACAACUUAGCCAGGAGGCUCGAGCUGGAAGCGGCGGCCUGA